CGGAAGAGCCGCUGCUCUCCGGCUGCAGCCGCCGCACCGUCACAGCUGGAGGAUGAGCGACCUGAGAUGUAGUUCCUCAUGUCUCACAUCCGCAGGAACGACGAGGAUCCAACGAUGCAUCUGUGUGGUGGGCUUCCUGGACUUGUUUGGGGUGAGCAUGAUCAUCCCGCUGCUGAGCCAUCACGUGAAGGCUCUUGGAGCCGGUCCCACUGUGGCCGGUAUAGUAGUGUCUACAUAUGGGAUCUUACAGUUCUUCUCAAGCACAAUAGUUGGCAGCUGGAGUGACGUGGUGGGACGGAGGUACUCUCUGCUCACCUGUCUGCUGCUGAGUGCUCUGGGCUACGGCCUGCUGGGGAUGUCCACCAGCAUCCCUUUGUUCGUCCUCGCAAGGAUUCCUGUGGGACUGUUCAAGCACUCCCUGUCAAUCUGCAGAGCCCUGCUCUCUGACCUGGUGUCUGAGUCAGAGCGCCCUCUGGUGAUGGGACACUUCAAUGCAGCCUCCAGUGUCGGCUUCAUCCUGGGACCCAUGGUGGGCGGCUACCUCACUGAGCAUGAAGGGGGCUUCUAUACCUCCUCCUUCACUUGUGCAGCCAUCUUCCUCAUGAAUGCAGGACUGGUCUGGAUGCUGCCGUGGAACGACACACUAGUUCACCGUAACACAAACUCCAGCAAUGACCCGAGUAAGGGUUGUCAUGACAACCACUGUUUGGAGACUGUGCAGAAUGGUUCUCAUGCAAAUAGACACCAGACGUUGCCGGCAGGAGACGCUCAACCAGGCUCCGCAGCUCCAGGCAAGCACCAAGGUGGUCUCCGGUGGAGCGAGGUGUCUCUGCUGCAGCCUGUUUGGAGACAGCUGUCGUCAGUGGGCUCCAGGAUAAAUAUGGUUGCCUCUUCUGACAUGUGGGAUCUCUUUCUGGUGCGUCUUCUGAUGGGCAUAGCGAUCAUGCUUUACUACAGUAACUUCUCUCUGGCCAUGGAGGAGCGUUUCUCGCUCAAACCAAAGAUGACGGGUUAUCUGAUCAGCUACAGCAGCACCUUGGGGGCCUUGGCCGGGUUCCUGGUGGGGCCUGUCACGCAGCUCUACAAGAACAACAUGGCCGCUAUGCUGCUUCACUCCACGAUGCUCACCUGCUCACUUAUCUUCCUCUAUUCUGCCGCACCUAACGUUUGGCAGGUGGUUCUUUCCUCCACCUUCUUCGCCAUUUCCACCUCCAUUGGACGGACGUGUAUCACAGACAUGGAGCUGCAGAGGGGAGGGGUCCAGGCCAGCGGGACUCUGAUUGGCGCGGGGCAGUCGGUUACAGCUGUCGGUCGCGUCUUGGCUCCCCUCCUUUCGGGUCUCGCUCAGGAGUUCAGCCCCUGUGGUCCCCCGAGUCUGGGAGUGGUCCUGGCUCUAGCAGCUGUAGGUUUACUGCUUAUCAGGAUCCCUGAGUGGGACGGGAGAGGAAUGAUCAAAACAGCCAAACUGAGUAACUGAAUAAAUUAUGACGAAAGUAUGACCAAAAAAAGGCACAUUCACCCUUAAAAGAAGUGCAGUUAUUUGUGAGAGGCCGGUUAUGAAGGACUAGAAGUGGGAUCAAUGUGUCCCACUCAAGGAUUUCUGGGUCAAAGUGGUUCGUCACCACCAGCAGUGCAGUCCUUCUUUAGGGAGAAAGGAUUCACGAUUCAAGAGGCCUGAAAAUGUUAUCUGCUUCGAUCAGACAGAAACAUACUAUAUGUUUGUAACCACUACUUUGUCCAAAAUCCCUCAGGUUUGUAGGCCUGCUGAUGAAACAACAAAUAACUAUAGAACUAAUCCAAGUUUAAUGGAAAUCUGUCCAGUGAUCCUGCUAACAAAAAAACAGGCAAACAGAUUGCCCGGUGGAGGUUAACAACAUGAUAGAUCACUUUGUUGUACUUUUGGAGUCGCCAAGUUGGUUUCAAACAUUUUACCUCCUUCUUCGAAUGCACUGCAACUUAAAUGGUUCCCAUGGUGGUAUAUGAACAAAUGUUUGUUCUAGUCUGACUUUUUAAUUUCAGUUAUGGAGAUUUGUACCUUUAUCGUAGGAUACGUUCAAAUGGACAUGUGAAGAACUAAGUUCAGUUUCAACUCAGGUAAAGGCACCACUAUACUAUAAGAAGAAAUAUGGUGUAAGCUCAUGUUGUAAAGAAGACACAAAAUCUUGUAACAACAAACUAGAUUCAAGCCAAAAAAAGUCAAUGAAUAAAAUGUGUUUUCUA